AUGCGGCUCGGGGGACCCCCCCGCAGGCCUCGCUCCGGGAAGGGCCACGAGGGGCCCCGCAGCAAUCCAGGCCACGUGCAGUUUUGCGAGAACCCCGAGAGUCGGCCCAGGCGCCCGAGCACCCCCUCUCCAGGGCCUGCCACGCCUCCCGGGGUUCGGGGCUCCCCUCGGCCGAGGCGCUGUGACUCUCCGACGGGCUUCUCGCCGGCAGCCCUUCCCCCACUCGGGGACCGCCUCUGGUUCGGCUGGCGGUCGCCCUCCCUCGAAGCCUGCGGCCCCGCCCCCCUCUGGCUAGCCGCCACUCGGGUCUGGGGAAGCCGCGCCUUCGCGGGAGCCAGAGCGGCGGGAGGGGCGGUGGCGGGGGGCGGUUCCGCUCCGGGGACAGCCUUAGAGCGGAGGAAGGUGCUUCCGGGACAGAGGGCGGGCAAGAUGGCGGCGCCCAUGGAGUUGUUCUGCUGGUCUGGGGGCUGGGGGCUGCCCUCCGUGGACCUGGACAGCCUGACCGUGCUGACCUAUGCCAGAUUUACUGGUGCCCCACUCAAGGUACACAAGAUCACCAACCCCUGGCGGAGCCCUUCAGGGACUCUGCCUGCCCUUCGUACCAGUCAUGGAGAGGUCAUCUCGAUGCCACACAAAAUCAUCACCCACCUUCAAAAAGAGAAGUACAAUGCCGAUUAUGACCUGUCAGCCCGGCAAAGGGCAGACACCCUGGCUUUCAUGUCUCUCGUGGAGGAGAAGCUACUCCCAGUGCUGAUACAUACUUUUUGGGUAGAUGCCAAGAACUAUGUGGAAGUGACCCGGAAGUGGUAUGCAGAGGCUAUGCCCUUUCCCCUCAACUUCUUCCUGCCUGGCCGCAUGCAGCGGCAAUACAUGGAGCGUUUACAGCUGCUGUGUGGGGAGCGCAGGCUGGAGAACGAGGAAGAGCUGGAGAAGGAGCUCUACCGAGAAGGUCGGGAGUGCCUGACUUUUCUGUCUCAGCGCCUGGGUUCUCAGAAAUUCUUCUUUGGCGAUGCCCCCGCCUCCCUGGACGCCUUUGUCUUUAGCUACUUGGCCCUGCUGCUACAGGCCAAGUCACCCAGUGGGAAGCUACAAGCCCACCUUCCGGGGCAGCACAACCUCUCUGCCUACUGCAGCCACAUUCUCAGCCUCUACUUCCCCUGUGAAGGAGCUGAGGUGCCACCCCCACGCCCGACACCAGCAGGCCCGGAAACUGAGGAGGAGCCAUACAGGCGCCGGAACCAGGUCCUAUCCGUGCUGGUGGGACUGGCAGCCAUGGUGGGCUACGCCUUGCUCAGUGGCAUUGUCUCCAUCCAGCGAACAACACCUGCCCGGGCCCCAGGCACCCGGGCCCUGAGCAUGGCUGAGGAAGAUGAAGAGGAAUGAGUUGCCCCCAUCUUGUGGGACUGAGUUUUCUACUCUCGUGCAUUCCAGAGGCCACAUGCCUCCCCGUUGUCAACAAGAGCCAGAAAUGGGGUGCCAGUCCCCAGAAUAAACCUGCUCACUGACUGAGAUCAGACAUUCUCUCCUUUAAGGGGCCGCCAUUUGGCCACCUGGGGGCUGAGUCUCUGCACUGUGCUGGGCUUCCUGAGCUCCUCUGCCCCGAUGCUGCCGGCGCCUCUGCACAGGCCCUGUCUGCCUCUCCAGGAAUGACAAGCAGGCCUGGCUUUGGGUCCAGCUUUCCUAGUCUCUUCCUUUCCUUAACCUCCGCCUGCUCCCCCAUCCUGUGUUUGUACAGACAGUGAGCUCACCCUGGGCCUGGGCCCAGUUUCCACAGACAACCAGCACACAGCACACGCUUACACAAGCAUGGGCAGCAGGGGGCCACUGGGGCUUCCUGAUCCUUUCUCUUGGGGCCUCCAGCCCCUGGCGCCUACUAGAGGGGAAAGUGAGUCACCCAAACCACUAUUUGUGGGCUUACAUCACUGUAAGCUCUCCCCGGCCUUGCUAUGCCCUUUUUAGUCACAGACAGCAUGUGAACUGGCUC